ACAAGAUGUUUUUCCUGAAGGCCAGGCCGGAGUCCGAUUGGCAUGGGGUGCGCGGAGUCAGCGAGAUCACCGUGAGGCCAGAAAUUUUCUACGAAGCCGACAGGGAUUUUCAGGAUAUUCACCAUGAUCUGGGUCUCGCGGAGGUGAAACCCCCAAAGCGGCGGAUUAAUUUCUUCAUGAGAAGAAGGAAAAGUGCCAAGGGAUCCGAAUCUCCGAAUAAAGAUAUCAUCGCAGCCAAGCAUGCACCAGAUGUCAAAACCGAGACGAGCAACAAGAAGAAGGCGAAAAAAAAGUUUUCCUUCAUGAGAAGCAAGACCAUUUGCGACACCGAAGACGCCGUGAAGAACGACAACAAAACCUCUCCGGGGCUCAUGCAGCCUCGGGACGACCCAAAUGAGUUCAAAUACUCGGAUAUUUCAACCUUCGUGAAAAUCCAAGAGGUCGACGUGCCCAAAACCUCGUUCCUGAAAGUGGGCGAUCUUAAAAGUUUGAUGAACGCUGCUGGAGCGGUCCCGGAUGAUUCGCCCUGCCACAUUUCUCCCCUCCGGGACUAUGAAGGAACUUCAAUAUCAGACAGCUUCUCCUGGAAAACUGACACAUGGAAGGAUCCGUGGUGUGAUCUACCUCAAUCGCCUUCGAUGAAUUCGUCGGCUGACGAUCGCUCGGAUUCGCGGACAAGUUCUACGCUGGAAAAGCGUCGGAAACCGUUUUUCCCCUUCAGAACAUCAGAACCCGCAAAAAAUUCAGAGAAGCGUGGUUCUCUGCGGAGAUAUGGGAAAAAAGGCAUCGAUCUGGAGACGGCGAAACAGCUCAAUCAGAUGAUUUCCUUGGUGGCUUCGGAGGAGUGUGAAGACCCGUGGGAGGAUUCCUGGAAUCGGUGGCAGAGCUCAGAUACUUUCACCGCCGAGAGCACGUCGGAGAGCGAGCGGAUGACACCCGAAAUAAAAGGAUGGGCCGAUUUCUCGAUCCUCCGCGACCCGCAGCAGAUCGCCUCAACGGCUGCAGGCGACACACUCAGAUGUCCAUCGGAGCGCUUGAUGAAUACGUCAAGAGAUUCGACCGAGAGCAUAGCGUCUCACGACAACGUGCCGUCCCUGUACGAGAAAGAUCCCUCGCUCCGCUCCCAUUCUGCUUCGGACACAAAUCAGAAACGUCAGAGGCCCCGGAGCUGGUUCAGAUCUACAUCGAAGCACAACGACCACAGCAACGUGUUCCAGGAAGCUCAGACAUUGUUGGAUAUCCUGCACGAGACUUUCCCAGAACAGGAACUCGGUUCUCCCGAUACGGAUCUGAGAACUGUCUGAAUCCGUCCCGGAGUAUAUCAGACGCCUUUAAAAGGACUUUAUCUAGAAUCUGCGCCACAGAACGGACGCCAUAGUUUACGUGAAUCGACCUCGCAGUGGCCGUCACCGAUCGACGCCGCACUAUUUUCGAUGCAUUUCUCUCCCGAAUUCCAUGCUCCGUGAUCGUUUAUACUAGAAUGGUGUCUUUGGAUCUAUCUGAUUAUUUUCUUGAAUCAUUGAGGGGGGCCCUCCGAAUGAAACACAUUUCGGGGGCAGAUCGAGUUUUUGAAACGAAAACCCCUUGCGCCAGAUCGCGUGCUCCGGCUAAUCCUGAUGUCUUCGUGAGGGCUCCUCAACUAAUCAGAGCGGACUGGAAUCUCCGGACUCUAGGCGGUGCUCGAUUCAUGGGACUAACGAUCCGCCGCCGAGAUCGGGUCGACUUCGAUUGUCAGAUUGUUGAGAUCGCGGUAGGAUCACGUGUAAUGGUAUUGUGAUUUUGAAAGUGCGUUCCUGCCAUAUAUGUGCUCCGUCAAGCAUUUUCUGUCUUGAAGAAGUUUUCAACUAAGAUUUAGUCCUGGUCCUUCUCGGGAACUUGUCUCCUACAUCGAUUCUAAGAGGAAGCAUUUUAUUGAUAUUAUCGCUGAUUGAAUCGUUGUUCUAUCAAUUUUUCCGCCCCCCAUAGGGAAGCCUAACUAUUGGACUUGAACCACUUGAGACCUCGGGGAAAACAGGCGCUGACUCAAUAAAAGAA